AUGGAGGACGGAAACAAUGCACAGGACGAAAUGAUGGAGCAGGAGCACAGCCAGCACGACGAUUCCAAGCAAACGAUUCAUGAACUUCUCAUGUCGCAUACCAAGUGGAACCCCGACCUGCAAUACUCCAUCUCGGGCGACGCGGCGAAACCCUUUCUCAGAACGAGUGCACAGAAUUUCGUAAGAUCAAGCCACCGGUGGUUUAGCGACAGAGGUGUAUCUGCAGCUCUGUACAAGGGUCCCGACUUCGACGAGAGGGGUCCCAUUGUCGUUGCCGAUUCACCUAUGGCGGCCAUUGGCCUUAUCUACCGACUGCUUCCUGAAGAUACCCUGCCGGCCGAGUCCUGGGACAAAAUGAUCUCGUCACUCCCAGUCGAGAUACACAAGAACGGAUCUUCCAUUACUGAGACUAGACCUCAAGGUCACUUCGCUAUCAGAGAAGCCGAAGGACAGCGGCCCGAAGCCGAGCAAGCAUUGGCCACAUCAGGGCACAGGACGCGAACCCUAGCUUCGCCCAGCAUACAGUCAAGUGACUUGGGCGGAAAUAGAAUCUUAGGCACAGGACCUACUCCUGCAAAAAGAAGGCUGCUACUGCGCCUUGGAACCGGCGGCACUGUCACCGCUGCCAACACCAACGGCGAAACCACCAUCUCCGGCAACGAGAGCGCGAAGGAGGACGGCACCACCACCACUGAAAUACAGCAGCACGGAGCCGAAGGAUUCUCGACUACACCAGACCGCGGUGCGUUAAACUUCAACGCGCAGACCACUCAGGCCGAAGACAUGAUCAGGAGUAGCGAUCCGGUCCAGCAAGCUCCAGCACCUUUUCCUAACCAGCAAAUACCCUCCCCUACCCUGCGGCAACCGGAGACUGGCAAGCGUAGCUUGAAGCGAUCCUACACCCAAAUGAAGAGCGAAGGAGCAAGAACAAUAAAAUGGAGCGAAAAUGAUCAACCUUUCAGAGCCGCCGUCAGAGAAAACUCAAAGAUACAUUUGACUACAAUGGACGAUUGUCAAACUAAACUUUUGGUUGAAAAAGCCAAAGCUGUUGCUAGUAAAGACGCAUUCAUAGAUUUUGGUUUUAUAAUCACCAACUGGCGAGACCACGGCUCCCUCGUUGACCCACCGCCUGUCAAUUCCCCGUCGCGACUGAACCAUGUCUACCAAAUGGUGAGCCAAACAGAGGGGAAAAAUGGUAUACCCUGUUUUGAAUACCGACUGGCUUGCGCUCUGUUUGGCCACGGGUGUCAAUUCGACGAGGAGAACUUCAUGGAUGAAAACGACAACUACUCAUCCACUACGGCCGGCGAAGCGAAGAGGCAUAUUUUCUGGGAAGUUCAUCCAGAGCUCACGAAUGAUGGACGACUUCCAGCAGUCCAGCACAAGCGUGCUUGGAAAAACUUUCUCCGGCGAUGGGCUAAUGCUAGGCGAUGGGGCAAGCUCGCCAGUAAGCUCGGUUGGGGAGCGUUCUUCGUCCUGUCUCAAAAUCGACUCCGCUCCAGAUGGGUGCAGACUUUAUCCAACACUGAGUUUGAUAUCUGGACGUCGGUCGUUCUUCAGUGCCACCACCCUAUCCUCGAAGCCUGUAAGCGGUUGGUGGAGUCUCUGGUUUCCGUGCCGAAAGACCUGUUGACGAUCGCCGCACCUACACACAAGCUGCGCUUGGAAAGCGAACUACUGCCUGAUGAUGACGCUGCUGAUGAAGUCAAGGUCAGGUUGCUUGAGUUUGACAGCGCCAAUGAGUAG